GUUAGCGUUUUGCCGCUGCAAAACCCUAGCAAAACCAUUUCAAGCAUCAGUUCUCAAUCCGGCUAGGGCUAGCGCUAGCCGUCUUCUCUCGCUCUCUAUACAUUUCUCUUCUCCGGCAUUACGAUUUCCGAUUGCUUACCUUCAAGAUGUCGAUGUCCAAGGGAUCUAAAAUGCUGCAGUACAUCAAUUACCGUAUGCGAGUCACGAUCCAAGACGGUCGUCAACUCAUCGGAAAAUUCAUGGCCUUUGAUCGACACAUGAAUCUCGUACUCGGUGACUGCGAGGAAUUCCGUAAGCUUCCUCCUGCUAAAGGCAAAAAGAACGAAGAACGAGAAGAACGCCGCACGCUUGGUCUCGUUCUCCUCCGUGGUGAAGAAGUUGUUUCCAUGACUGUCGAAGGACCUCCUCCUCCAGAUGAAUCCAGAGCCAAGGCUGCAGGAGCCGCCGCGAUGUCUGGCCCUGGAAUAGGUCGAGCCGCAGGACGCGGCGUUCCUACUGCUCCCUUGAUCCAGGCACAACCAGGACUUUCUGGUCCUGUACGUGGUAUUGGAGGUCCUGCACCAGGAAUGAUGCAGCCACAGAUUGCUCGUCCACCUAUUCCCCAGCUUUCUGCUCCGCCUAUUUCUUAUCCGCCUUCAUCUGCUCCGGUUAUGCGGCCGCCUGGACAGGUUCCACCUCCUUAUCCUGGACAGCCACAACAAUCAAUGGUACGAGGUCCGCCACCUGGUAUGCCGCCUCAGUUCCCUCCAAGGCCAGGGUCUGCGCCUCCACAAUUUUCAGUUCCUCCUCCACAUUUUGGGCAGCGUCCGAUGGUUCCUCCUCCACAAAUGAUGAGAGGGCCACCACCUCCAGGUCAACAACCUCACCCAGGGAUGCCUGGAAUGCCACCUCCUCGCCCUGGAAUGCCUCCUCCACCUGGUGGCUCUGCUGUUCCUGUUUUUGGUCCUCCUCGUCCUGGUAUGCCCCCUCCACCAAACCACCAACACCAUCAGCAGCAGUAAUUCGGAUAACCUACAAGCAGACUGUUGUUCAACUUUUGGGAUUUUAAACCAAGCAUUCAUUCUUCAAAGGUUAUUGAUUGGGGUUUUAUGACAUGGUUCAUUGGAUUGGUGGGUUUUGAACUUGGGGGUGUUAGAAAGCGACACAUCAUUUGAUGAUCAAUUUAAUUUACAAAAUUCUGCAUCUUGGGGUUUGUUGCUUUGAAUUGUGUCUAAUUUUCUUGUGUUAUCU